AUGACGUGCUGCCGAAGAGACCUCUUGUCCCAGAAAUCUGUGCCACAGUCGUCGCAGGUGAACGCCCGCCUCUUGGUGUGGCGGAGGGCGUGCGUGGCCAGGAUGUCCUUCCGGGCAAAUGCCUUGCCCCACUCCUCGCACUGGAAGGGUGCAGUCCCUUCCACUUCCACCUCCACCACUCAGCAUUGCCAGGGUGUGAGUCGCCUGCUGGGAACCGUCAUGCAUGAUGUCACUCACAUCCAACACACAUCCGAGUCAGCAAGAGAGAGCGAGAGAGCGAUGGAGGGACUAGCAAGAUUUGUUUUGGAUGCAAGUGGAAGCAGGAAGGUCCCAGCAGGAGUUAAAAGUUAUGUUGAACUAGAUCCCUGUUUAGUGUUAGGAGUUAAGCAUUGUGUUGGAUCAAGUGUUGCAAGGCACCUCACUGUCACAUGGCCAAGCAACAAACAUCAAGUCCUAGACCAUCUGGCAGACGUGCAGUUACAUGCUUGGGGCGCUAACCUACAGGAGGCGUACGAACAGGCGGCCACUGCAAAGUUUGGGUACAUGACGGAGAUUGACACGGUGGAGAUGACGAGGGUGCAGGAGGUGGAGGCAGAGACUAAUGAUCUCCAGGGCUUCCUCUUCCACUUCUUCAAUGAGUUUGUCUUCAGCUGUAACCUGUUCUUCAUCGCACGGAAGGUUGUGAUUACUGGGGGAGAUAGUGAUGGGGGUGAUGGAGUGAUGAAGGUGUGUGCGAGGCUUUACGGGGAGGAGUUCCAGCUGGCCAAACACCCGCAGGGCACGGAGGUGAAGGCCAUCACCUAUGCUAGCAUGCAGGUGUAUGACGAGCUGGAUCAGCAUGAGGUGUUUGUUAUUGUGGAUAUCAGAGUGUGUGUGUGUGUGUGGCGAGGUGGGUUGGUUAAGUUAGGUUAGACUAGAUUAGGUUUUGUUUGGUUAAGUUGUCUUUAAUUAGAUUUAGUUUGGUUUGGU